AUGAGCAGCUUCAGGCAGAUCCUGAAGGAGAUCGGAGAGUUUGGUUUAUUUCAAAAGCGUUUAGUCGCUGUUUUAUGUCUUCCCAGCAUUUUCGGUGCUUUUGAACAAUUUGGACAAGUGUUUACAGGCAUGAACUUCCCUCAUCACUGUAACACUGACUGGAUCUUGGACAGAGGACCCAACCUGACUGUUGAGAGACAGAUAAAUCUCACCAUCCCUGUGAAUAAAGAUGGAAAGUAUGAGAGCUGUGAAAUGUUCACACCUGUGGAUUGGGAUUUGGAAAAGAUUGAAGCAUUUGGGAUUAACACAACAACAGGAUGUAUGAAUGGAUCCGAUUACGAGACACCCAAAGGUGCCUCCAGCAUCGUGACAGAUUUUGAUCUGGUGUGUGACAGGAGCAGUCUCGUUGAGGUUUCACAGUCCAUAUUCAUGGCCGGCCUCCUGGUUGGAGCGUUGGUGUUUGGGCUGAUGGCUGACAGGUUUGGUCGACGCAAAGUGGUCCUCCUCUCGAUCCUUCAGCUACUGCUGUGUGGUGUCGCUGCUGCUUUCUCUCCCAACAUCUAUGUCUACAUCGUUAUCAAAUUCUUAGGUGGCAUGGCAAAUUCUGGCAUCGGUGUUAAUGCAUUUGUCAUAGGUGGAGAAUGGAGUGAUUCUUCUAAGUUUGCUCUCUCUACCCUCAUCUGCCACUCUCCAUUUCCUCUUGGACUGAUGAUGCUGUCUGGCAUUGCCUAUCUGAUCCGUGACUGGAGGAUCCUGCAGCUGGUGCUCUUCUGCCCUCUUGUCCUUGUUCUGGGAAUCUUUUACUGGAUUCUUCCAGAGUCAGCUCGCUGGCUUCUCACCCAGGGCAGGAAGAAGGAGGCCAUAAAGGAAAUAUGUAAGGCAGCUAAGGUGAAUGGGAGGAAGGUUCCAGAAGACCUGGUAGAGAGGCUGGAGGCUGCAGGAACAUCCAAAACAGGAAACAUUUUGGACAUCUUCAGGAUCUCUGAUCUGAGAAAACGUGCUCUUGUAAUGAGCUUCAUCUGGUUUGCAACUAGUCUGGUGUACUAUGGACUGAGCCUGAAUGUCGGCAGCUUUGGUUUGGAUAUCUACCUCACGCAGUUCAUCUUUGGUCUAGCAGAAGUUCCUGCAUGUCUGGGCUCUUUACCACUCAUCCAGCACUUUGGGAGGAGGAUAUGUCAAGCUGGGGUGCUGAUCUUUGGAGGUUGUGCUUGUCUUGGGACACUUGUUAUUCCAAAAGAUCUUCCUCAAGUCGUAACAGCCUUAGCUGUUCUUGGAAAAUUUGCAGCAACUGCCUCUUUCUCAAUAGUCUAUGUUUUCACGGCAGAACUUUACCCCACUGUUGUGAGGCAGAAUGGUGUAGGUCUGAACGCCAUGUGCGGUCGUUUCGGGGGAAUCCUGGCUCCACUGGUCAGACUCCUGGACGUCUACCAUGACACAAUCCCCAUGCUAAUAUACGGCACCAUCCCCAUUGCUGCUGGAGGUUUCUGUUUUCUACUGCCUGAAACCUGCAAUGUUGAACUGCAGGACCACACUGAACCAAGGGAACCUGAGAAUGGAACUGCUGAGAUGUUAUGUAAUUUAGAAAAGAGCACAAAAUUGUAA